AUGGAAUCUUCUGGACUUUUGAGCAUGCUGGUACUAUUCAUCCUCGUACCAAAUGUCCACGGACCUGGGCUGAAUGACUGGCUCUUCCCCAAGAGAUGUCCCAGAAUCCAAGAACAAUGUGAAUUCAAAGAAAGGGAUCAGUGUACCAAGGACAAACACUGCCAGAACAACAUGAAGUGUUGCCACUUCAGCUGUGGAAGAAAAUGUUUAAACCUCCGACAAGACAUAUGCAAAUUGCCCAAAGAAACUGGCCUUUGCAUGGCUUAUUUUCGACGCUGGUGGUACGAUAAGGAAAAUAACACCUGCUCCAUCUUCAUCUAUGGUGGUUGCCAGGGGAACAACAACAACUUCCAAACCGAAGCCCUUUGCCAGAACUUCUGCCAAAAAGACGUGAAUAGAUGUCCCCGAAUCAGAAUAAAAUGUGAAAUCCAAGAAAGGAGCCAAUGUUCUGCACAAAAACCUUGCCCGGGAAACCUGAGGUGUUGCACAUACAGCUGUGGAAGGAGAUGUUUAGACCUCACACAAGACAUCUGCAGUAUGACAAAGGAUAAGGGCCCCUGCCUGGCUUACAUCCCACGCUGGUGGUAUGAUAAGAAAGCUGAAAAAUGCCACAAAUUCAUCUAUGGUGGUUGUCAAGGGAACAAUAACAACUUCCAGUCUGAAUCCAUCUGUAUGAUCAGCUGCCACAAAAAAAGAUCAAGCUGCUGGGAAGUUGUGGGUAUUUUGAGCUUCUGCCUGCCUGCACUCACCUCCUGCUCCCGGGACUGUGCCCGCCCACUGCGGAGCUUGGAGUGCGGGGCUUGA